UAAUUGUCCAUUGGCAUUUUCAAUUCCUACUUCAUACACUGAAGCACAACAUGGCUACCGAAGCAUUGUCUCUAAGUGCUCUAGCAGCAAAGAUUGCCGCAACCGCGACCCAGGUCGAGGAAGCUCUGAGGAAGAGUGGAGCUCCACAGCCCUCGUUUGACAUUGACGCGCCUCAAGGACUUCCCCAUGAUCCGGAAAUCCAGCUCGCAAAGUUCCAGCUGCAAGAUGCGCUCCACGAUCUGUCACUGCUCGUCCAAGGCCCCGACGACUAUCUCCUCAACACCACGAUGAUUGGCAAAUACGAUGUCAGCGUAGUCGGUCUUCUCAACGAAUUCAACUUCUGGGACGCCGUUCCCCGCGAUGGCACAGCCACCUAUAGCGACAUCGCUAACGCGACCAAUCUCUCUGAAUCUACCGUACGACGCAUCUUGCGCCACGCAUUCACCAACCGCAUCUUUGCGGAGACGACUCCCGGCUCCGGCAUCAUCAAGCACACGGCUACCUCCGUGCGUCCCCUCACUGAGCCGCUGUGGCGCUCGACCAUUGGCAAUAUGUUGGACGAGGCUGGCAAAGCCAUGAUGAAUGCUGGGGAUGCCUUGAGAAAGUGGGGAGAUAGCCCGUAUCCGGCGGAGACACCGUUGGGGUACACUUUUUUCCCCGAUACAAAGGAUCGCGAAAUGAAUUACUUCAAGUGGGUCAACGAGGAGGGCAAUCAGUGGAGAGUGGAGAGGUUCGGGAAGUGUAUGGAGCAUGUGACCAAGAAUCCAGCUGUCAGGGUCAACACCAUACAUGAUUUGUAUGAUUGGGAUGGGCUAGGUAACGCGAGUGUGAUUGAUAUCGGCGGGUCAGGAGGGCACGUCUCCCUUGAACUGGCAUCCCAUCACCCUAAUCUCACAUUCACAGUUCAGGACCUACCUGAACUCAAGGGAAACUUUGAUUCGCUUAUUCCCGAGAGUCUACAAGAUCGAAUUACCUUCCAAGGCCACAAUUUUUGGGGUUUACAACCUGUCAAGGAUGCCGAUGUCUAUCUCUUCCGCAUGAUCUUCCAUGACUGGAGCGAUCUCUACUGCACCAAGCUGCUGAAAAAUACGGCAGCGGUGAUGAAGCCCGGCAGCAAGCUUUUGAUUUGCGAUUCCGUCCUACCCCCAAACGGAGGUGUGCCAACAACUGCUAUGAAGAUGCUCUCGAGCAUGGACCUGCAGAUGUUUGUAAUUGGUGGCAAGCAGAGAACGGCCGAGGAUUUUGGUGCGCUGGUGAGUGGUGCUGAUGCGAGCUUGGAGUUGAAGAGCGUAAAAAGCAUUCCCGGUGUUGCUUUUGGCAUGGUGGAGAUUGAAAAGGGGGCUUGA